CCUACCAGAAAUUCAUUGCGCCGCCCUUGGGGGCAAAAAACGGUGAGAGCUGACGUACGAAACCAAAGGGCAGCACAGGAUGCGAUUGCACGACCCUGCCCGUGAGCAAUCUCCCAACUCAUCUCUGGUAGCUAGCGACGAAUCUAUAUUGUUUGUAGUCAAAGGAACGGUAUGAUAUGCCCACGGGCACUACAGGGUUUGUACAUACAUCCUAUCAGAUGUCAAAUUGUUCGACGUAUUGGGUUUUCCCUCGGCAAUCAAAGGACAUUGUACUCGCGAUAGAUGUUUCUUCUUUUAUAGCGGCGAUCUAAAAACAUCGUUUUUUACUAACUUCGUUUCAUUCUUUUAAGGUUAGUAAAGUAAACCUUUACCUCGGAGUUGGUCCUAAACGCAAUCGAAUGAUCUUGCUUAACAAGUGUGACGGAAUGUCAGAUGUUCGCAUUACAAUUUCAAAUUUAAUGUUACGACUUAAAUUCGUCUAAAUUCAGGAUAAGUUUCCUGGACAAGCGCACUUCGAUGCUUUGUAUAAAUUGUUAGUUUAUAGGAAUGGCAACUGGCGGCGGUGGUAGUUUUAUAAGCAAGCCAGCCAGAGGGUGGUUGCACCCGGACCACCUCGUGAGCAAAGAAGGAAUUACUUAUUCGGUCAAAUACAUCGGCUGCUUGGAAGUUUUCACGUCUAUGAAAAGUUUAGACUUCGAUACAAGAUCAUGCGUUGCCAAGGAAUGUAUAAAUAGAGUAUGUGAGGCAGCAGGAUUGAAAACUGCUGAUAAAAAAAGAAGGGUGGACAGAAAGGUUCUGAGAGCAAUAGCCGAUAAACCAUGUAUGGAACAUGCAGGUGCUAAUAUCAAUUUAACGAUAAGUAGUUGCAGCUUAGCUUUAACGACUCUUGAAACUGGUCAUAUUAUUGCUAAACAUGACAUGCCGAAGAUAUCUUUUGCCUCAGGCGGUGACACGGAAACACUAGACUUUGUUGCAUACGUGGCAAAGAAUAUACAAGAAUGGCGUGCCUGUUAUGUACUAGAAUGUGGCGGUGGUUUAGCUCAAGACGUAAUAUCUACUAUUGGACAAGCUUUCGAGCUCAGGUUCAAAGAGUUCCUGACAAAGCCAUCGAGUCUGCAUCCCGUAUUAAAUGGAAUGAGAGAAGCAGACAGAGUUUAUUACAAUGAUUUACCUGGAAAGGUACCACCAGAUAUUGGGCCACCUCCGGUCCCACCUUUGCCAGUUACCGCGUCUACUUUGCCUAAUCUAAAACAUCACCAUUCGAAUCAUAAUCAUGCAAGUAGCAAUAUUCAAAGCACACCAUUACCUGAUCCACUCUCUAGCAGUCGGAGUAGGCAACCGCAACAAUGGACAGAAAUAGGCAACUUGAUUGAUUUGAACUCCGAUGGGGCUGCCUCGAUGCCAAAUACAGCACCGGAACAUAAUUACGUAAACGAUACAGUCAUAGCUGCCAAUAAAGACAGUCGCAGAGAACCACUGUCCUUGUUCGACGCCUUUGACAUGCAACCCUUUAGCACUGCGAUAUCAGAAAUGAAUAAACUCAGUCCUCGAUCGCAGAAGUAUCAAUUGAAACAGGAAGUAUGGUUUCAUGGCAGCGUCAGCAGGUCUGAAGCAGAAGCUAUGCUAACAAGGGAUGGAGACUUUUUGGUCCGCGAAUCUCAAGGCUCGCCAGGUCAGUAUGUUCUUACUGGCAUGAAUAGUGGCACACCGAAGCACUUGCUCCUGAUCGAUCCAGAAGGUGUGGUACGCACGAAAGAUCGCGUCUUCGAUAGCGUAAGUCAUCUGGUGAAUCAUCAUUGCGUCAACGCCCUACCAAUUAUUUCUGCGGACAGUGCUCUCGUACUUCGUUAUCCUGUACCUAGACGAAACGAUUAUUGUUUCCACCAAUCCUGCAGUCAGGUAACCGGUGAAAAGCGAUAACUCUUUUUAUAUCUCGACGUUAAACCCAAAGUCGACGCAAUCGCGUUGCAUCGCAUUACUUUUGUAACAUUCUAAUGUUUUUUUUAAAUAUUUCUCUUCGAGCCAGGACAUUUAAUUACAAGAAUUUUGUGUGGCCAUUCCACGUCAGGGUAUCGUAGUUUAGUCGAAAUCGUUAUCUAUUAUGAAUGUAACAUUCUUUUUAAACAACUGUACCCAAUAGCAGAUCGCAUACACUAAAUAACCGGUGUGUGAUAUAGGAUGAUCAGAGAAUUACAGUAACGUUUUUAACAGAUAGACUAAAUAGAACGUUUGCAAGGAGACGUUGCAAGCAACCGUUAAUUUAACAAGAACUCCAUAGGAUGACAUUGUUUUUUUUCUGUUGUAACUAAUCCGUAGAAAAGAAAUAUAUAUAUUAAAGCGUACAUAAAAACGGACAUUCUUCACACGCAAUUUUAUUUUUCUACUUCGUGUGAGUCCGAUAAUUGUCUAGAUCGAUUUUACCUAUCUGGAUGUUUUGUACCGUAGUUCUGUAACUCAAGCAAUUUACACUUUGAGUGAAUCUCAGAAGAAAAAGAAAAAGUAGCGAUUCGAAUUCGUAUUUCUAUUGCUGCCACUUUUGUACAGCUUUUUCGUUAGAGCUGAUCAUUGUUUACGAGAACUAGAUAUUUGCAUUUUUGUCAAAAACCACAGCACACUUCUCAGUUAAAUCGGGUGAACUCUUGAGCCGUCUACUUUCCAGCACAGUUAACGUUAAAUUUCUUCUAUCCGUCCUGGAAGAACCUCGAAAUGUUUGACUUUUAUAUUUUUAUACACCCCAAUCAAUGAUAACUUAUGCACAAACCAUGA